AUGCCGCCGACUACAUCAUCGAGUGCUAAGAAGUCACCGGCGUUGCGGACGCUGCAAACCAAGCUGAGGUCAUACCAGAAUAUGUUCAGGGAUAUCUGCAGGUUCGCCGAUUCUCUUGGGGUAGAAACUACAGCCAGCCAGGUGACAGUUCGACUGGAAAAACUUGAGGAGUUGUGGGAGAAGGUGAACGAUGUGAUCUUGGACAUCGAAACACACGAAGACUUCGAAGCAGAGGAUGACGCCUAUGCUGAGCAACAGUCGGAGUUUGGAAACCGCUACUACCAGGUGAAGUCGGUGUUGUUAGACAAGAUCAAGGAGCUAGAAGAACCUGCUAUCCUGAAUGCCUCCAUCCGGGGACUCGACAUGACACAACAACCCACCAUAGAGCAUGUGCGACUCCCACAAAUCAAGUUGCAAACCUUCGACGGCAACAUUGAUGAGUGGUUGAGUUUCCGCGAUCUAUACACAUCGCUCAUCCAUUGGAAAGCAGAUUUACCGGAUGUCGAGAAGUUUCAUUACCUGAAGGGAUGUCUGUCAGGAGAAGCUAAGGCGCUUAUUGACCCGCUGUCGAUUACAAGGGCGAAUUAUCAGGUCGCAUGGGAGACGCUAACCAAACGCUACAACGACAGUAAAAUCCUAAAGCGGCGUCAGAUUCAAGCGCUGUUUAAGUUACCUAAUCUGGCUAAGGAGUCGGCCAACGAAUUGCAGUCUUUGUUGGAGGGAUUCGAACGUGUUGUUCAGACCCUUGAUCAGCUGGUACAACCCGCCGACUACAAGGAUCUACUACUGCUAGACAUAUUAGCUUCGCGUCUAGACAGUGGAACCAGGAGAGCUUGGGAAGAGCAUUCAUCCACCAAGGAGCAGGAUACGGUGAAGGAUUUGACCGAAUUCUUGCAAAGACGGAUCAGAGUACUGGGAGCAUUGCCAACUAGAUCCGUUGAACCCAAGGUUGUCGUACCGCAACCGCAAAGGAAGCCAUUUGUAGCGCGCUCUAGCCAUAGCGUCGUACAAAAUACAGGAGGACGGUGCAUCGCGUGUUCGGAAUCCCAUCCGCUUUAUCAAUGUCCAGCUUUCCAACGUUUAGCAGUAUCCGCCCGCGAUAAGCUGCUCCGCAACCACUCCUUAUGUCGCAAUUGUUUCCGGAAGGGUCAUCUGGCUGCGGAUUGUUCUUCACGAUAUGUGUGCCGUAAUUGCAAGGGCAAGCACCAUACCUUGGUAUGUUUUCGGACGGACGGCGAAGGCGGUAAGGAGUCAACCACUAAGGUAGCAAACAGUUCCGGGAAUUCCAAGGAAGGGGAAUCUAGAACCAGAAUGGCCAGCACACCAUCGGCUGUUUCAUCCAACAUGUCUGGUCAGCGCAGCUCAUCGGUAUUACUAGCUACGGCCAUCGUCUUAGUGGAGGACGAUCAAGGAGGUAGUUAUCAGGCAAGGGCUCUACUGGAUUCGGGUUCUGAAUGCAAUUUCAUGACCGAGCGGUUAUGUCAACUGAUGAGUGUUCAACGGCGACGGUCCGACGUGUCUGUGUACGGGAUUGGGCAAUCCAAUACCAAGGUCAAGCAUAAGGUGACAACAACAGUCAAGUCGCGAGUAUCUGCUUUCUCGCGGAAGAUGGAGUUUCUUCUACUACCGAGUGUCACAGCAAAUCUUCCGAUAGCCAACGUGGAUAUGACGGGAUGGGAAAUCCCAACUGGUGUGGAGCUAGCGGAUCCAGCAUUUUUCAAAUCCAAGGCGGUUGAUUUAGUGCUUGGGAUCCAGUACUUCUUCGCAUUUUUCCAUACCGGGAAUGAAGUGCAGUUAGGCAAGGGCCUUCCUACUCUAACCGAGUCGGUAUUCGGAUGGGUAGUAGCUGGCACGGUUGAAGGCUCGCUAGAAACCCAACGUAUAACCUGCAAUAUGGCAGUCGGUCUGGAGGAAAUAUUGACUCGUUUCUGGUCCUGUGAGGAGAUCGAUUCUACCUCAACUUAUUCGCCUGAGGAAACACGCUGCGAGGAGCAGUAUGCUAGAACUGUACGAAGAGGAACGGAUGGCCGAUACACAGUCUCACUACCAAGGGAUGAAGUCGCACUGGCAAGGAUGGGCGAGUCAAGGGACAUCGCAUUCCGGCGGCUAGAAGCUUUGGAACGCAGACUGUCGAAGGAUCCAGAGCUCCGGAAACAGUACAACCAGUUCAUGGCGGAAUAUCUGGAGCUAGGCCACAUGCGAAGGGUAUCUGUGACACGAGAUGAGGAAGGCAAACACUGCUACUUACCUCAUCAUCCAGUGGUCAAACAGGAAAGCACCACAACCAAGGUCAGAGUGGUCUUUGAUGCAUCGUGCAAAACUUCCUCGGGAACGUCUCUAAACGAUGCACUAUUGGUGGGACCGGUGAUUCAAGACGAUCUCCGGUCAAUUAUUCUACGGAGCCGAACCAAACAGUACAUGGUGGUAGCGGAUGUCGAGAAGAUGUUUCGACAAAUCAAAAUCGAUGAAGGGGACAUGCCGCUUCAACGAAUUCUGUGGCGUGUGGAUGGUAACCAGGAGGUCGGGACCUACGAGUUAACUACGGUCACAUAUGGAACCAAGCCGGCUCCGUUCCUUGCAACCAGAACUCUCAAACAACUGGCUAUGGACGAGCAAGCACGAUAUCCACUAGCGGCAAAGGCCGCAUCAGAAGAUGUUUAUAUGGACGACGUUUUAUCUGGUGCUGACGCAGCAGAAGCAGCGUUGGAGCUGCGAAUCCAGCUGGACGAGAUGAUGGCCAAGGGCAGAUUCCGUCUGAGAAAGUGGGCUUCCAACUGCCCGAUGGUAUUGCAAGGCAUACCAGAAGAAAACCUGGCGAUAUUGCAAACGGAAGAAGUCCAGCUAGACCCUGAUCCCGAAGUACGGACCUUAGGACUUGUGUGGCUUCCUGUUGAUGAUGUUCUGAUGUUCCGGUUCAAAAUACAGGAACUGGACCCAGUUGGUCAACUAUCGAAACGAAAGGUGCUGUCAAUCAUUGCUACGCUAUUCGAUCCGCUAGGCCUGAUAGGAGCGGUAAUCACAACUGCAAAGAUUUUCAUGCAGUUGCUGUGGUGCCUGAAGGACGACCACGGAAAGAGCUUGGGCUGGGAUGAAGCGCUACCACCGAAGGUCGAUGCAGACUGGCGAACCUUUCAUUGCCAAUUGCCACUGUUAAACGAUCUGAGAAUCGAGAGAUGUGUGAUAAAACCCAGGGCUAUCAAGGUUGAGCUGCAUUUCUUCUCAGAUGCGUCGGAACGAGCAUACGGAGCAUGCGCAUAUGUCCGGAGUGUGGAUUCAACGGGAGGCGUUCGUGUAGUAUUGCUUUCGUCCAAAUCCAAAGUGGCCCCAUUGAAAUGCCAAUCCAUUCCGCGAUUGGAAUUGUGCGGAGCCUUGAUGGCGGCUCAGCUUGCGGAGAAGAUUUCCGCGGCCAUUCAGAUGGAGGCACUGUUGUUUUUUUGGACAGACUCCACCUGCGUUCUCCAUUGGCUCAAGGCAACACCCUCGAUGUGGACUACAUUUGUUGCAAACCGUGUGGCUAAAAUCCAAGCAAUUACUGAAAACCAUACUUGGCAGCACGUUCCAGGUAUCCAGAACCCGGCAGACCUUAUUUCACGAGGAUUGACUCCAGAGCAGAUCCAGUGUAGCAAGCUGUGGUGGAAAGGGCCACCUUGGUUUCAAGAGACGUUCGAAACAUGGCCAAAACACCAAGUAAGGACAAGCGUGGAAGACGCGGAAAAAGAGAUUCGUCGUACAGCAGCACCCUGCUCACAACAACAGGAAGAGUUCGGUACCUGGUAUGUCGGGAAAUUUUCCAACUUUAUCGAUUUAGUAAGGCGUACAGCUUAUUGGUUACGAUUGAUAAAAAUCCUCAAACGAACGGGAGAUUCUAAAAUGUGGAAGGGCUUUCUAAAGACAGCAGAGUUGGUGGAGGCGGAGCAUGUGUUGAUGAGGCUUAUCCAACAGGAAACCUUCAGCAAGGAGUGGAAGGCGCUCGCAAAAAAUGAAGUGGUAGCUAGAAAUUCACCGUUACGAUGGUUUAGUCCACAGUUGUCAAAGGACAGUCUUAUCCGAGUUGGUGGGCGCUUAAGGCAUUCGUCGGAGAAUGAGAAUACCAAGCAUCCAAUAGUUCUCCCAGCCAGGCACCAGCUUACCCGAAUGCUAUUGGAGCAUUAUCACAAAAGAUUGCUUCAUGCAGGUCCGCAGCUUCUCCUUGGCACAAUUAGACUCCAGUAUUGGCCGCUUGGAGGUCGCAAUGUAGCUCGACAGAUCGUCCAACGCUGUCACCGUUGUUUCCGAGCAAAACCGAAGCCUACCCCACAGUUCAUGGGGGAAUUACCCAAGGCGCGUGUGACCAUUUCACGACCAUUUUCCAAAGCCGGAGUAGAUUACUUCGGGCCAGUCUACGUCCGCCCAGGACCGCGUCGUACCGCUGUGAAGGCAUAUGUAGCAGUUUUUAUUUGUCUCUGCACCAAGGCAGUCCACUUAGAGCUAGUGACUGAUUUGUCCACCGAUCGUUUCAUGCAAGCUUUAAGACGAUUCACAGCGAGAAGAGGAAAAUGUUCCGAUAUUUAUUCGGACAACGGGACAAAUUUUGUCGGAGCCCACAACCAGUUGAAACAACUAUUAGAUCUGAUACGGAGUAAGGAGUAUCGUGAAAAAAUGACACUCGAAUGCUCCAAGGAGGGAAUACAGUGGCAUUUCAAUCCUCCAAGCGCUCCUCAUUUCGGAGGCCUCUGGGAGGCUGCUGUAAAAUCGGCAAAACACCACCUACUACGGGUUCUCGGAGAGAAUACAGUGUCAUUUGAGGAUAUGAACACACUUUUAGCCCAGGUGGAAGGCUGUUUAAACUCGAGACCGUUGACAGCCAUGUCCGAUGACCCAAACGACCUCGAACCGUUAACGCCGGGACAUUUUUUAAUUGGAACAUCGUUACAACAACUUCCCGAUCCAGACUUGUCAGCGGUACCGCUAAACAGAUUAAAACAAUGGCAAGUUGUUCAGAAAAAAAUGCAGGAGUUUUGGAAAAGGUGGCGAUUAGAGUAUUUAGCGCAACUACAAGCAAGAACGAAACGUUGGCAGCCAGCAACUUCGAUCAGUGAAGGACAAUUGGUUGUCAUUCGAGACGAGAACCUUCCUCCUAUCCGUUGGAAAAUGGGAAGAAUCCAACAAGUGCACCCUGCGGACGAUGGAGUCGUCAGAGUAGUGACACUGAAAACAGCGACAGGAGUUUUAGUUAGACCAGUGGAGAAAAUAUGCAUUCUACCAUCAUCGACGGCAGAAACAGAAAGUGGUUCCCAGUAG